AAAUUUGAACAAGUAUAAUAUAAGUUGUAAUGUGUUUGCGUACCUCUCGUAUCAACGGUCGGUUUCGACUCGAGCACAUAUGCAUGCCCAGAUUAUAUUGUGAUGUAACCUAACUCUGCGACGGAAUCCAUUAGUUUUAAUUCUUUAACGACAUCUGUAUGUUGCUUGUAAGACGUAAGCUUGCGGCUCCAACUGCCCUAGACGUGCAGAUAUCGUCCUACUUUCGCUCACUAUAAGGACUACAUUGCUAUGUACCGGACGCUGCUUGAAUUCACUCCACAAGUUUGGUUAUGUCAACUAUCGUUAAUCUAAUUAUUCUGUUAUGUACUAUAUUAUGUUAUAUGUCAUACUUGAAGGUGUUUAAAGGCCUUCACUUUAAUGUACCUAUAUAUAUCUAGAAUUGCCGGCUUUUUUGUUUUAAAUGAUCAAACAGCGUUCGAAGCAAAUAAUAUUGUGGUGGGGUUUUGGAAUAUGUUUAAAUAUCACUUGAAUUAUCUGAAAUAUGUCGGGUUACCGCUAAUUCUCCCGGCGAAUUACCGUAAAGUGAAGCACCUUUCCUAAUAUCUCACAAAUACUUUAGAAAUAGACGUGGAGAAUGUAGCGGUCCAAUGUUUAUUUUUUGUUUUUAAAAUUUUUAAACUUCUACUUCUACUAUGUGAAAUAUUUAUAAUAUUUGUGGCCAGAUAAUGUCGGUACCCUGACGGAGUCCGCUCAGUUGGUUCGAACUCACCUUCCUCUGUAUAAUGUGACCCGAGAGACACUUCCGCUACUUUAUAAGCACCUGUUAUGUUAGCGAUAAAGCUUGGCUCUUGUGAUUGUGGCAGGUUGUCGCGGGCGCAUUGUUAACAUGCCCUUUGGACUAAGAAAUGCUCCCCAAACAUUUCAUCAAAACACAAAGUUGACAAUGCGCCCACGAGGAAGCCAGGCGUUGGGAACGACAGCGCUAGAACGCUAGCGAGGUGGCGGUAGUCUGCAUAGUUACGUCACAUAUCAAUUUUUUAUACAUAUAUAAUUGUAUGUAAUACAUAGACAGUGCACAAUGCUUGGAUGACAUUCUAGGUACACGUCUCUGGAUUUACACAAUCUUGCAUAAUGAGAAUUUAUACGAUUCCGGUUAUAGAGGUUGUGUAACUACAAUUGACGAACUUUUACCAUUAAGUUGUUGAUGUUUUUAUUCAUUUCACACUUCUGACAUAGUACUUUUCCUCUUUUAUAUACAAACACGAAGCUAAGCAAACGCGGCCCCGAGCUCGCUCACCUGUCAGACCGGGCCGAGGCGACCUGCCAAAUAUCUUCCCCAAUACCGCAUGCAUCGAGUUCUUGUACAAUGUUAUUGUGUGUGAGAGCCCUCGCUACGAGGCUCUAGCUUACUUUAUAGAGGUCCAUUGUGGAGAUAUUUGGCUGGUCGCUUACCUUAGAGUUGGCUGUUACCUUACACUCUUUUGAUGUGAAUAUUAACAACAUAUUUAAUUGUAUUUUUGGGUGAGGUACAUUAACAAAAGGCGCUGUUUGUGGCUGUCGAUUUCGCUCAGAUUUUUAUCUCGUUUUUUUUUUUAAUAGUUGGCAUUUAGAAUUUAAAACCCACAGCCCACAAAUAGAUAGGUUUCUAUCGUUUAUUUAUGUAUAUGUAUGUAUUUAUAUCGUCUUACCCUCUCGAAUGCCGCCAUAGUGUUGUCUCCUUAGGUAAAGUUGUAUUUCUACGUAUGUUUUUACAUGUAAUGCAUAUACGUUUAUUUUCCGCUUUCUAUAUCUUAAAGGAGUUUGUAAAUCUAGUCAAUAGUUUUGUUCGUAUGCUGUUUGAUAUGGCACUGCAUCGUGCGACACGGGCGAGUGCGGCCGCGGCACACGACAAUACAGACAUCUUGCGCUUUAGACUGUAUAGUCGCCUAAUAAAUGCUAAUCCUGUGUUUCGGUGCGCGGUUAUCAUUUUUACUUCUUAAUGUAUAUUUUUACCAUUACAAGAUACAACACAACACAAUAACCAUGAUCUUUUUAGACAGUUUUAAAGAUUAAAUAUAGUUUUCCGCUGUUAUUAAACAUGUGUUUUAUCUUGUAAAAUUUUCUUAUCGAUGGGGCGAAGUGAGCGACACCGCGCAGACGCUAUGUUUCAUUUGUUGAAAGGCUUUAUUAAUUGUUCUUCUUUUACUUUAAUAUUAUCACAAAAAAGAUGUUAACAUUUGAAGUGACAAUUAGUUAUUACCACAAAAUAAAACAAAGAAAUCUAGUCGAUGUGGUAAUAGCGUGGGCUAGUGUCGCUCCCGCCCCGCCCCCGCGUGGGCGUGGGCGAGUGCGCGCUACAGCGAGCUUGCCGCAGAUGGGCGGAGUGUACGCGGGCCUGCCGUACCACGGGGGCUUCCCGCCGCCGCCGCCGCGCGCGCCCUUCGCCUCGCCGCCGCACGCGCACUACAUCGCCGGCUCUCAGCGCGCCGAGGGCGGGCGGCUGGAGGUGGUGGGCGGCGGCGAGGGCGGACUGUCGCCGCUUCAGCCAGCGCCAGACUUGCACCACGCCCCCCACGGCCCCCUGCUGCUGACCGCGGAGGCUCGAGGAGCACCACUGGAGCUGAUGGCGCCGCACCACGCGCGCCACGCCCUCUCUCACCAUCACCGACGCAGUAGUGUGGGCGUGGGCAGCGGCGUGGGCGGCGUGGGCGUGGUGGGGGCGGGGUCCCGCGCCGCGCGGCCCUACGUGCGCGCCGCCGCCCGCUGGCCGCCGCAUCCCGUACAUCACAUACACGCUCAGAGCGGAGGCGGGCUGCUGGGCGCGACUCUGCCCCACCCGCAGCUGCAGGUGACGCCCACACUGUCACUGCCGCCGCCGCCCCCCACCUACCAGGUGUUCCUGAACCUGCUGGCGAUGUUCCCGCUGUCCCCGUACGGCGAGGCGCGCGAGGAGGCCGCGGAGUCGGAGCCCGAGAACUACGAGGCGCUGCUGUCGCUGGCGGAGCGGCUCGGCGAGGCCAAGCCCCGAGGUCUCGCGAGACACGAGAUAGAUCAGCUGCCCACUUACAAGUACUCCGAGCAGACCAGACACGGCGAGCAGACGUCGUGCGUGGUGUGCAUGUGCGAGUUCGAGGCGCGACAGACGCUGCGUGUGUUGCCUUGCGCCCACGAGUUCCACGCCAAGUGUGUCGACAAGUGGCUGAGGUCAAACCGGACUUGUCCCAUUUGUCGCGGCAAUGCUUCAGAGUACUUCAACAACUCUGAGUGACUGCGCGCGCCGCCCCGCCCCGCCCCACACGCUCCGGCCCACGCCCCGGCCCACGCCCCG